AACAGCAUCUCAGCUCAGACUGUUAUCAACUUCUCACUACAAAUAGCAAAGGGUAUGGCUUACCUUGAAUCUAAAAGUCUUGUACAUAGAGAUUUAGCUGCUCGUAAUGUCCUUGUUCAGAGCCAUCUUAAAGUUCUCAUCACUGAUUUUGGACUAACACGGUUCAUUGAACCUGAUGAGUCUCAUUAUGAAGCACCUGGAUCAAAACUGCCUGUUCGCUGGCUACCACCUGAAAGUAUACAGCAAAGAAUAUUCACUCACAAAACUGAUGUUUGGAGCUUUGGUGUAACAGUAUGGGAGAUACUAACAUUUGGAGAAUCUCCUUUCAAAGGUAAAAGUGUAUUUGAGCUGCUUAAACUGCUGGAGAAAGGUGACAGAUUGAAACAGCCUAAAACGUGUACACUAGAAUUUUACAAAACAUUGCAGAAUUGUUGGGAACUAGAGCCUGAGAGACGACCAUCUUUUGAAGACCUUGUCUAUCAGUUUAAUACCAUGAUGAUGUCUCCUAAAAAAUAUGUAAUAAUUAAAAAUACUAGAACUUUGAGGGGAGCUGUGUAUACUAGUCAUGACAGCAACAAUAAAGAAAGCAAUUUUCAUAAAGGAAGAAAUGAAGACAUACACAAAGAUUCUAAUGAUAAGGAUGGUUACGUUGAUUGCUUACAGGAAGAUUCCAAUGAUAAGGAUGGUUACGUUGAUUGCUUACAGGAAAAUUUUAAUGAUAAAGAUGGUUACGUUGAUUGCUUACAGGAAGAUUUUAAUGAUAAAGAUGGUUACGUUGAUUGCUUACAGGAAGAUUCGAAUGAUGGUUACGUUGAUUGCUUUAAUGAAGGUCCCAAUGAUGCAAUAGUAACGAAGACGUUGGCUACUUCAAUUGCUUAAAGUGAAUGAGAUGGGUGAAUGAUUAAUUAUUAAUUAUUUUUACGAUAAAAUACAUGUAAUCUGUAGAUUCUGUAGCUAUUAUGGUAAUUUCUGUUAUGCUUUUUUUAUUGUCUGACUUUGUUUUAAAACUUUUUGACAUUAUUCAUUUUAAAGUAAAGCCCCUAAGUUACUACAUUUUGAUCUAUUAAUUUGAAAUUGUUUUAAUUUUGAUCAUCUUA